UUUACUCUAGACGAUUACUAUAUUAUUCGUAGAGUAGGUAAAGGUGGAUUUGCCAACGUAUUUCUCAUUCGUCUAAAGGGCUCAACUGGUCGAUACUAUGCUCUCAAGGCUAUCAAAAAGUCUGAAGUGGUUCGCCUUAAGCAAGAUAAACAAAUCAUGAACGAAAAAAACAUUCUUUUGGAUUUGAAGCAUUCCUUGUUGGUCGAGCUAUAUCACACAUUUCAAAAUCCAACACAUCUAUUCAUGGUAAUGGAGUUUGUGGCUGGAGGAGACUUGUUUACUUUUUUGCGCAAAUCUAAAAUGUUUCCUGAGCCCUUGGCAAAAUUUUACAUUUGCGAGGUGCUGAUUGUUCUUGAGUACCUUCACGGAAAAAAUGUAGUUUAUCGAGAUCUCAAGCCUGAGAAUAUUCUAUUGGAUUCGACAGGUCACAUCAAGCUGGCUGAUUUUGGAUUUGCCAAGAGGCUAGUGACCACCACUCAGUCAUUUUGUGGCACGCCUGACUACAUUGCUGCAGAGAUUGUUGCUGCCAGAUCGUAUACCUACACUGUGGAUUGGUGGUCUUUUGGUGUACUGGUGUUUGAAUUGAUAUCUGGAAAGACACCGUUUAGAUCCGAGUCAAGCGAAGGAAUUUACACCAAUAUACAAAGUGGGAAAAUUCAAUGGGUGCCGCAAGUAACUGGGCCAAUAAAGGAUCUUGUAUCUGGAUUGCUAGAUCAAGAUCCUAGACGUAGAUUGGGAGCAAGAGGUGCAGGAGAAGUAAAGGCUAUGAAAUGGUUUGCUGAUGUUCAAUGGGACAAGUUUGCUACAAGAGGAAUAACACCACCUUCAAUUCCG